GACCCGCACCUCCCGCUCAGGGUGCAUGGGCCCACCCGGCCGCUCCGUCGUCCGCUCUACAGCAUCUGCGCCAACGCAGGCACCCUCAAAAUGCCGCCGCUCGACACAGCAGAGGAGCAAAGCAGCCAUGUCUGCCCGGCGCCGACGCUGAGCCUGCAGCUGCACUCGCUCGACGACGCGGGCGUGGAGCGCUUUGCGCGCAGCAUGCAGGCGCACCUCAGCCUGCGCCAGUGCCUCGAGGAGGUGUGGCGGGCAUUGCGCUACGACGCACCCGAGGCACCGGCAUGCCGCAAGGUGACCUGCCUGACGCUCGUCGUGCGGCCCAUGGACGGCGUGGCGCACACGGCCGGCGCGGCGGGGCAGGACGACCACAAGCAGAUUCACCUUGCUGCAGGCCACAUCGCCCGCUGCCACGCCUCGGACGACGCGGCGCUGCACGAGAUCAAGGGUGUGCUGUGGCAUGAGAUGGUGCAUGUGCUGCAACACGAUGGACGCGGCACCGUGCCCGGUGGCCUCAUCGAGGGCAUUGCCGACUGGGUCAGGCUCAAGUGCGGUCUGGCGCCGCCGCACUGGGCACGCACGCCUGGCCCAUCCUGGGACGCGGGCUACGAGAAGACAGGCGAGUCAUACUUCCUCGUCUGGGUCUCCGACCACGUUGGCGAGCCACGCCUCGUGCCAGGCCUCAACGCCGCCUUCGCCACGGCCGAGUGGGACAACGGCGCCGCCUUCCGCACGCUGUGCAACGGCCAGACGGUGGAGGAGCUGUGGGCCGCAUACCUCAAGAGCUUCGACGGCGACCGCACGGCCGCGCCACCAGCCCGCCCCACAGAGGCCGCACGCCCAUAGCAAUGCCACCAGUGAACAAAGCACCCGCUGCUGGCACGGGAGAGAAGGG